AUGACCAUGUUCGGCACUCUCGUCCAGAGGCUCACCUCGCCGGUGACCUCACCCACGAGCCCUCGACGUCGUUUCAAAUCACCGUCGCGUUGGGAGGUGCAGAGCGACCCGGAGGACGAUCCGGCCGCCCCUGUACGCAAGUCGAGGGCCAAGCAUCUUCUGGAUAAGCGCAAGAGCAAGAGCCGGGCGCGUGCUCUGAACGUGCACUCGGAGCAAGUGCAGAUGUGCAACAACCCCGGAUGGCACGACGCCGCGUUUCCGCCGCUCCGGGGCACUAAGAGCCUCGGCAGGCUCGACGGUAUGAAAGAGGUGAGUCUUUAAACGCCAGUUGAAACUUUCUUUUCGCCAAUGCAGAGUGUACUCCACUUUCGAUUGCCAAUCGUCUGCGGGAUUUACGCAGCAAACGCGGCGUUUAGUUGCGCAAGCUUGACGACAAAAAUUCCUCCGGCGUGUUAUUUUUUUUUAAUUUUCGGGGCGUUCGCUGCUUUUAGACAAUGAUGGACAGCGUUUAGAUUCCAAUUUCAUUUUAGCUUCGAUUCAGUUUAUACUUUACCAUUGUGCCCAGAAAGGAGAAUUUGUAUUCCUUGCACCAUGCAAAAGAUUUAUCUAAAAACAAUUCUUUUCUCUUUCUAUUUGAAAUUGUUUUCACUUAGUCGAAAAUACAUAUCCAUUAUUUCAGUCGACAGUGAGAGGGCUAAAACAAUUAACAAAUCGUUACUAUGGUCUUACGUAA